AUGGUUUGUUACAUACAUUCGAGAAACCAUUCAAGCAAGGAAGGUUUGUUACAUACAUUCGAGAAACCAUUCAAGCAAGAAUGGUUUGUUACAUACAUUCGAGAAACCAAUCAAGCAAAGGAAGGUUUGUUACAUACAUUUGAGAAACCAUUAAAGCAAGAAUGGUUUGUUACAUACAUUCGAGAAACCAUUCAAGCAAGGAAGGUUUGUUACAUACAUUCGAGAAACCAUUAA